AUAUACAUUAGCCCUAUCUAACGAUCCCAUUCGAAAAGCUACAUAUAAAUUAGGGUUUGAGAAAUUGCGAAAGCUGUGUAAGUAGCAGAAAUGGCCACAUUCAAUGUCGUACAGAAGAAGCGGCGAGCCGCCAUCGCCCUUCAGAAGAGGAAGGUUCACGGUGAACCCGGCAGCGGGAAACUGCGGCAGAGAACCCAACCUGUAUCCAUCUCCGGGAAGCGUAAGCGCAAGCUGCAGCAAAAGAGGCGCCGGGACCAAAAGGAGGCGGUGGAGAAGGGCUUAAUUACUAUGCAAGAUGUAGAGAUGGCUUUUUCUGAUGAGAAGUCGUCCGGUAAAUCUCCAGUUAAUUUCCCGAUGAAGAAGAGUCCUAAAUUAAAAUUUAAGCAAUUGAAGAAGAAAGGUAAGAACAAGAAAAAAUCUCAAAAACCAGCUGGAGAAGCCUCAGUUGAUUCCAUGGUGGUGGAGUAAAGAAUAAACGCGCAACGCAGAUUCUACAAGCCCUCGAACUAGAUACUUGUGUUCACCUAGUUGUCCUGUCUAAUUUUUCAUAAUACAGUUAUUAUUAAAGGAUUGGCUAUUUGUCUUCUUCUUGUUUGUCUUGUGAUUUUCUCAUGUACUUCUAGUGACAACUAUUUAAGCAGGUUAGUUAAUACA